CUCUCUCUGUCACGUCUGCCGUAAAAUGACCAGAUACUAAGGAAGAUUUAGGUGAAGUGGCUCAUUCCACAAAGGAGCCAUAAGAAAUGCUGAAUGCCAAUCUGUGAAUCUGAGAUUUGGUUUUUACCAGCUGGAAAAUCUCAUCAACAUGGCCGCACUGGAGAACAGAAAGACUGGAUCCCAUUCACCACCUCUUGGCAGAAGAAUGGAAAGUGACAUUCUGCGUGAGCCUCAGGUCAUGGUGGAGAUCCAUAAGAAAUGGAUUGAGUCACCUUCUCUUUGUCACAGGAGCCUUUCAGCUGGUGCAAGAUAUCAAAGCAAGGGCCCUGUGUUCUUUGAGGAGGUUGCCGUGUAUUUCACAGAGGAGGAGUGGGCUCUGCUAGAUGCUGGCCAAAGAGCUCUUUACAGAGAAGUCAUGCUGGAGAACUUUGGGAGCAUGGCCUCUGUGGAAGGAUCUUGGACUUGCAAACCUGACCUCAUCUCUUGGCUGGAGGAAGUGGGUGAGAUUUUUGUCCAGGACUCUGCCAAAGUGAAGAUCUCCACAGAUAACCUUUCUUGCUGGAACAUGGAGCCUGGCCAUCUUUGUCUGAAAAAAGACAUGAAUGGGAGAGAGAUUAAAAUGGAGAGUUCUCCACAAGAAGACUUUCCUUCAGAAGAUGCAGUGGAGUCUUCCUUGGGAGUCUCUCAAGAGAACAUUAAGUUGCUCACAGAGGUGGCUGAGAAAGGAGAUGAGGGGGAACCAAGCACCCGGAAUGGGGGAAGGGAGGAGGAUAUGGAAGCAGAAGAAGAAGCUGGGAAUCGAGGCAGACCAAAGAGAGGAGCAAAGAAGCAGAAGAAAUCAUUUUCCUUUCAAGGCAAGGAUCUCCAGAAAAUCCUCCUUGAAGAGAAACAACAUGAGGGAAAUAGAAGGAAUAAGCACCCUAUGAGUGGCAAAACAUCUGGUUGUAAAUCUGGUCCUAAGAACCAUUCACAAAUUCACACUGGAGAUAAACCAUAUAAAUGUUCACAUUCUGGAAAAAACUUUAGGUGCAAAAAAAGCCUUGUUGUUCAUCGAAGGAGUAAUAAUGAGGAGAAACCAUAUAAAUGCUCGGAGUGUGGAAAGAGCUUCCCUCAGAGUUUCAGUUUAACUGUGCAUCAAAGAAUUCACACAGGGGAGAGACCAUAUCACUGCUUGGAGUGUGGGAAAAGCUUCAGUCAGCAAUCAGGAAUUAUUUCUCACCACAGGAUUCAUACAGGAGAGAAACCAUAUCAGUGUUUGGAGUGUGGAAAGAACUUCAGUCAGGGAUCAGGACUUACUAUUCACCAGAGGAUUCACACAGGAGAGAAACCAUAUAAAUGCUUGGAGUGUGGAAAGAGCUUCCGUCAGAGCACAUGCCUUACUACUCAUCAAAGGAUUCACACUAUGAUGAAGCCAUAUAAUUGCAUGGUGUGUGGAAAGAAGUUCUGUGGGAAAACAGAACUUAUGUAUCACCAAAGGAUUCACACUGGGGAGAAACCAUAUGAAUGCUUGGAGUGUGGAAAGUGUUUCAGGGUGAAAACACAACUUUCUUCUCACCAAAGGAAUCACACAGGGGAAAAACCACAUAAAUGCUUGGAAUGUGGAAAGAGUUUCAGGUGGAGAACAAAUCUUUCUUCGCACCAAAAGAGUCACACAGGGAACAAGCCGCAUAAAUGUUUGCAAUGUGGGAAAAGCUUUUCUCGGAGCACAACCCUUACUACUCACAAAAGGAGUCACACAGGGGAGAAACCAUAUAAAUGCUUGCAGUGUGGAAAGAGUUUUAAUUGGAAUACAAGCCUUGCUUCUCAUUACAGGAUUCACACAGGUGAGAAACCAUAUAAAUGCACACAGUGUGGAAAGUGUUUCAGUAACAGCACACAUCUUACUGUUCACCAGAGGACUCACACAGGAGAGAAACCACAUAAAUGCUUGGAGUGUGGGAAGAGCUUCAGGCAGAGAACAACCCUGACUUCUCACCAAAGGAGUCACAGAGGGGACAAACCACAUAAAUGCUUGCAGUGUGGGAAAAGCUUUGCUCGGAGCUCAACGCUUACUGCUCAUCAAAGGAGUCACACAGGGGAGAAACCAUAUCAGUGUUUGACAUGUGGAAAGAGCUUCAGGCAGCGUGGAGGCCUGAAUUCUCACCAAAAGACUCACACUGGAGAGAAAUCAUAUACAUGUUUGAAGUGUGGUAAGAAUUUUAGUCAGAGCAAGAGCCUUACUGUUCAUCAGAGGAUCCACACGGGGGAGAGGCCAUAUCAAUGCUUGGAGUGUGGGAAGAGCUUCAGGCAGAACAGAAAUCUUACCGAGCACAACAGGAUUCACACAGGAGAAAAACCAUAUAAAUGCUUGGAAUGUGGGAAGUGCUUCAGUCGGAGACCACAACUUAAUACUCACCACAGAACUCACACAGGAGAGAAACCAUAUAAAUGCUUGGAAUGUGGGAAGUGCUUCAGUCAGAGAUCAAUGCUUAAUGCUCACAACAGGACUCACACAGGAGAGAAACCAUAUAAGUGCCUGGAGUGUGGAAAGAGCUUCAGUCAGAGUUCAGGUCUUACUCGUCAUCAAAGGAUUCACAUCACAGAGAAACCAUAUACUGGGGAGAAACUACAUUAGUGCUUGGAGAGUGGGAAAGACUUCCUUUAUAGCCAAAGCCUUAUUUCCCACAAAAAAAUUCACCCGGGGUAGAUGCCGAAUAAAUGGCCCUAGUGCCAAUCACAGAA